ACCGUCACAGGGCUCUGAUCUGCUCUCAAGUCAGCUGACGCACACGCACGCACGCGCUCUCACACACAUACAUACACAUACACACACACACGCACGACUCCACCUCGCUCGGCUCGGCGGGUGUGUAAAGAAGAUCCGGUCCGUUAUUCUCAAGGUUAUCUCCUGCAGGAACCGCACUUUCUGGAUCCUAUGGGGCUUCUGAUAACUGCGGUUUUUCUCUGGGCUGCCGUCGGGGUGGGAAGCCGGCCAGUGACCUCGCCCCUGGAUGAUGCAAAGGUUGAAUGCAUUAUUCAGGAGACCCUGAACGAAGACGGGCCGCAACACCAGUGUGGCCCGCAGCUCGCAGAGGAACUUGACGAAGUGCAAAGACACCAGGGUCUGCUGAGGGAGCUGCAGAGGCUGGCUGACGAUGAGACGGACGAGAAGCGGCGAUACGGGGACAACCUGGCCGCCGACGGCGACUUUGAGCAGGAGGAGCGAGGCGUGACCUCCCCCCCCAAGGAGGACGAAGGCGACAACCGGGAGAAGAUGAUGGAGGAGCCGCGAGUCGGAGACAGUGGGGGGGACAAGGACGAGGAGCAAGCCAGGGAGCUUGAGGAGCUGCUGGCUGAGGAGAUUACCAAGAAAGGGAAAGAGGAGAGGAACGACGAAGAGCUCAAAGAACUGCUGAAGGAGCUGAAGAAGAAGCGCUACGAGGCCGUGAAGAAGAGGGAGACCCAGAAAGACCCUGCCCCGGAGGAGGGGAAGAAGGAAAAGGAGGACAAAGUCAAGGAGGGAGACCCGGCAGAGGAGUCGCAGAAGCAGAGGAUCGAGGAGAGGAGGAAGAAUGAGGUGGAGCUGAUGGUGGAGCGGGAGAAGGUGGAGAAGGAGCUGAAGGAGAUUCUCAAAGAGCAGGAGAGCGAGAGCAAGCUGGGGCGCGAGAGGGAGCGGAAGGAGAAGCAGGAGGAGCUGGACGAACUCGUCCGGAAGAUGAAACGGGCAAAGGAGGAGGAGCAGGAGACGCACGGUGGGCAGAAAGAGGACGCCGAGGGUCAGCGGACGGCGGAGGAGAAGAAGGAGGGCGAAGACGACAAGGAGCCCGGCGAGAAAGCGGAGAACGAAGUCAGGGAGAAGGAGGAGGCGGCGGCGGCCGAGGCGAAGGAGCCGCAGCAGAAGAGAGUGAUGGAGAAAGCCAGCGACGAAGCCACGCAGCAGUUUGAGCGCGAGAGGUACGAGGGCGCGGAUGAGGAGGGCGAAGACGGCGACGAGGAAGACGAGGGUGAAUACGUCAGAGAGGACGGGGACGGGCAGGCGGAGGACGACGAUGAGGAGGGUGAGGCCGAAGAAGAUGAAGGAGAGGAGCUGCUGGAGAUCGAAGCCGAGUUGCGCAAAGUCGCCGCGGAGCUGAGGGAGCUUCGCAGAGGAUGAGACACACACACACGCACACACACGCGCAUGCACACACACACACACGCACACACACACGCGCACACACAGCAGACUGAGAACCCUUUCAGCCUGUCACAGUCACACGUUCAGCUCACCCGUUUCCCAUCUCACAGCCUUCAGAUCCCCACAGAAGGCCGACAGUAGAAACGUCUUCACGUCACCUGGAAAAGGCCGUCGAGAGACGCGUUUUCCCUCCUUGCGAUGGGGAAAACAGAACCCCUCCUAGAAGUAAAUGUGUGUACUAUGAUAUAUAUAUAUAUAUUUUGUGCAAUAACUGAUGACUUAUGUGUGUGUUCCUGCUAUUUUGACUGUUAACUAUUGGUAUUUCUGAUGUUUCUAUACACAAGUCUAUAUUUCUCUGACAUAGAGACGAAGGAUAGCGUUUCUUUUGGCUCUCGCACUGUUAAAAACCAGACUGUUUGUGGCGAACCAGGGUGACACGAGGGUGUCUUCGGCGUGGGUUGGCCUCAGGAUGCUACGUACUUAGAGCUUACAAGGUCUAAAAGUGUCACCCCCGGGUUCCUCAGCCAGCUUUGCACUCUUUAUCUUAACAAGCCAAGGAGGAAACGAGGGAGGAGGGAGUCACUAAAAGCCAUUUUGUUGUCUUUUUUCGGUAACAGCAAGCGUGCACCGUAGCGCCGAAUGCUGAAUGCUCAGCGGGGGGGGGUUUAUUUGCGUAAAUAUCAGAUAUCAAAGUCUGUAAGCCAAGGUCGUGAGACAGCGCCCCCAAGAGGACACUGGGUGCAAGUGCACACAGUGCAGGAUUCACAGGGUUAACCACCGGAGGCCCGUUUACUGCAAUAACACAAUAGAGACAGCACAUGCGAAUGCAAUAAUUAGUCAAAUAC